AUGAAGACAAACCAAGCCCGCUUAGCAGCUGCUGCGGCUUUGACAUCAAGCGCAGUUGCAAUCACUUGUGACAAAGCCUCUCUACAAUCCGCAUUCCCCUCCAUCGCAACAGUCGACUAUGCGGAAUGGCUGCCUGCUAAUGCGAGUUUCAAUGUGCCAAAAACUAAUGUUGCAUACCCGAUUUCCCCAACCCGGUUGCGGGCUGCAUGUGCUGUUCAGGUCUCCGUCAAGAACGGUACUUCAAACUAUGGUUUCGGAGUUUUUUUGCCUGACGAUUGGAACGGUCGUUUCCUCGCUGUAGGAAACGGUGGCUUCGCAGGUGGCAUCAAUUGGUUGGACAUGGCUGCAGGUCUUGCAUAUGGCCACGCUGUGAUGUCUACAGACACUGGACACAACAGCGUCACCUCUGACGGAAAAUGGGCGUACCACAAUGAAGGGGCUCUUCUCGACUGGGGCUAUCGUGCUAUGCAUGGCUCCACUGUCUUGGCCAAGGAGUUGACCACAGCGUACUAUGCAAACCCUAUCCUCUACAGCUACUAUAGCGGUUGCUCUACUGGUGGCAGACAAGGUCUUCGUAACCUUCAACUCUUCCCUGAAGAUUUCGAUGGUGUGGUCGCUGGAGCACCUGCCUGGUGGACCAAUCACCUCCAGCCAUGGACAACCAAAGUGGGCAGCUACAACUUGCCAAACACAUCUGCUCAUCACAUCGACCCCUCGCUAUUCCCUGUCAUCGGCGCAGAAGUGAUGCGUCAAUGCGAUGGUGCAGACGGUGUAGUCGACACGAUCAUUUCUGAUCCAAAUGCUUGCGACUUCAAUCCAGACUCCUUGCUGUGUACUCCUGCCAAGAACACAUCCUGCCUAACUCCUCCCCAACUCCAUACCCUCCGUCAGAUCUACAGCGACUACGUCGAUACCAAUCAGACGUUCGUUUUCCCUCACCUCUGGCUCGGCAGCGAGAGUCAGUGGUUUGUGCUUCUAGCCGGCCUCACCAAUCAGCCAAACAAUCUUGGAGAUGACUACGUCAAGUACUUCUUGAACCGCGGACCUCAAUGGCAGUGGCAGGACUUUGAUUACGGCGUCGUUCAACAAGCCGAUGCCGAAGACCCUGGCAACGCAACCGCUGAUGACUUCGACGCAUUGUCAGCUUUCAACGCUCGCGGUGGCAAACUUCUUCAUUACCAUGGUAUGGGUGAUGGCUUGAUCGCCACUGGUAGUUCCGUCUACCUCUAUUCCAAGAUCUUGGAGACACUGGCACCUAAAGGCGUGGAUUUGGACUCAUUCUAUCGCUUCUUCUUGGUCCCGGGAAUGCAACAUUGCUCCGGCACAGCGAACACGAUAAAUGCACCUUGGUACUUUGCUGGUGCCAAUCAAGCAGGAGCACUUUCAACUUCGUUAUCCGGCGUGCCGGGCUUCAGAGAUGCUAAACAUGAUGUGCUGCUUGCCAUGAUAGAGUGGGUUGAGAAGGGUGUCGCGCCAACAGAGAUCAUCGCAACUAAAUGGGUUAAUGAUACGUUGCAAGAUAAGGUCAUGAGACAAAGACCUCUCUGUAUGUGGCCGAAGAAGCAGAAGUGGAGCGGCAAAGGAGACGUCAACGCAGCGGACACUUGGUCCUGCAAGUAG